AGGUUGUAAAAAAACGGGAAAGGAAAAAAAAGUGACAAACGCGCGUACCCACGAGGCAAAGCCAAACGUCGAAGGAAAGUCUUCGGACCCUUUCAGAUAAAAGCGACCAUUUGAAAAAACAAAAUUCCAUUUGCAAAUUCUAUCACUAAUUGAAGUCUUUGGUCUUUCAUCGGAUUGCGUUCCUAACACUCUGAAUUUGCUCUGUAAAACCCCUCAAAACCAAAAUUUAAUGGCGGAAGCGCCGCUGGAACCCGAUCUGGGCUCCGAUUUGGAAUCGCUGGCCAUACCACCAAUGGAUACGUUGUAUCUCUCAUCAGAUCUAGGGUUUCCUUUCGAUGACAACGAUGAUCUCCAACUCACCUUUGACGACAUCGAUCAAUUCUACUUUCCCUCCGAUUCCGAGCACUUUCUCAUCCCCGAUUCUUCAGUCACACCCGAAUCCGACGUCGAAAGGUACCUCAAUACGUCAUCUGCGGAACUUGACAGUGUCAACGGCCCUGAUUAUUCAGGUAAUUCCCACUCUCCUGUCUCCUCUUUAGGCUCCGGAAAUUGUGCUUCGGCCGUUUCUGAAGCGACGAAUGUUGCCUCCCCGGAUUCUUCCGGAAACAUCAUCGAUCAAAAGAUUAAUGUUGAAGAAAUGGGGAAAAGGCGACUGUCUAAAAGAAAGAAAGGCGAUGAAGAAACUGAUUCCAGCAAGUGCAGAAGAUCAUCGCUGCCCACGGUGAAAAUCUCUAACUCCAAUUCUAAUAAUAAUUCGAAUGCGCUGAGCGAAGAGGAGGAGAAAAGGAGGGCGAGGCUUAUGAGGAACAGAGAGAGUGCACAGCUUUCAAGGCAGCGUAAGAAGCAUUACGUGGAAGAGCUGGAGGAUAAGGUUAGGGCAAUGCAUUCUACUAUUGCUGAUUUGAAUAAUAAGAUAGCUUAUUUUAUGGCUGAAAAUGCUACCUUGAGACAGCAGUUAAGCACUGGUGGUGGCAGUGGUGGAGGUGCUGGAAUGUGCUCUCCACAGCCAUUUCCUAUGCCAAUGUAUCCACCGAUGGCAUACCCAUGGGUUCCCUGUGCUCCGCCCUAUGUGAUGAAGCCGCCAGGGUCUCAGGUGCCAUUGGUUCCUAUUCCUAGGUUGAAAUCACAACAGCAGUCGAAACCGGCUUCCAAAGCUAAAAAGAAUGAGAGCAAAACUAAGAAGGUUGCUAGUGUUAGUUUAUUGGGUAUGUUGUUUUUCAUAUUAUUGUUUGGUGGUUUGGUCCCAGUUGUGAACGUUAGAUAUGAUAAUACGCCUGUUGGGUCUGGUUUUGUUGGCGAUGGGUUUUAUGAAGUGCAUCGUGGCAGAGUUUUGAGAGUUGAUAGUCAUUUAAAUGGCUCUAGUGAUAGAAGGGAUUUGGCAUUUUCUUAUGAGAAAUUUGACGUUAGCAAUAGAGUUCACAGUAGAGGAUCAGAGACUGGUGUUGAGCAGAAAGAUAUUGGGGCACCUAAUGUACCUGGUUUUAUGGGCAAUGGUAGUGAGCCUCUUACUGCUUCCUUGUAUGUACCGAGAAAUGAUAAGCUUGUGAAAAUUGAUGGCAACCUGAUAAUUCAUUCUGUUCUGGCCAGUGAGAAAGCUGUGGCUUCUCACAAAGCUUCUCAAAUAAAGAAUAAGGAGACAGGUUUGGUGAUCCCUAAGAAUUUCUCUCCAGCCCUUGCAAUUCCUGAUGCCAGAAAGAAUAGAGGAAAGCAUUCUUGUGAAUACAGAAAUCCUGCAAAAAGACAGAUGGCUCUUUCUUCAGGUUCUGCUGAUGCUUUGAAGGACCAUUUCAAGUCAACUGUUGCUGAUGGUAAGAUGCAGCAGUGGUUCCGGGAAGGAGUGGCAGGACCAAUGUUGAGCUCUGGCAUGUGCACUGAAGUGUUCCAGUUUGAUGUCUCUGCUCCAGGAGCCAUUGUUCCUGCUUCCCCAGUUACCAAUGUUUCUGAUGAGCGUCGGCAAAAUUCUACGCAGCUUAACAAGCAAAGAAACAGAAGGAUUCUCCAUGGUCAUCCUAUUCCUCUAUCGGGACAUGAUCUGAACAUAACCCAACAGCGUGUUGGAAGAAAUUCUCGAAGGGAGAAUUUUCAAGGUAAUAAAACUGCUUCUUCUAUGGUAGUUUCUGUGCUUAUUGAUCCCAGAGAGGCUGGUGAUGGAGAUAUAGAUGACAUGAUUGUACCAAAGUCGCUUUCUCGGAUCUUUGUGGUCGUGCUUUUAGAUAGAGUCAAGUAUGUUACGUACUCUUGCGUGCUUCCGCGAUCUGGUCCGCAUUUGGUGACUGCUUAAGGAUAAAAACCGGUGGCUGUACCAAGAAAAAAGCUUGCUUCUACGGCUUCUCGUUUCUUAUUUUUGUAUAUAAUGAUAGACUGCUAUAGCGGCUAGGAAAAACUUUUAUAACAUUUUAAUGUCUUUAUGUACUUUGGAUUGCCUUCAAUAGCCUUAACUUUUAUAACAAAAUGAUUAAGAGUGAAUAGGGUUUAUGGUUUAAAAAUGAC